GGCAUUGAAUAUCAGAUCGCUAUUAUCGGAGAACCACAUUGCAUGGGUAUUCGGAGAAUUUAAGAAUUAUGGUUGUAAUUAGGUCUUGUCUGAAAUGCGCUGUUCUACGAUGUUUCUGUCACUUUUAAAUGGUACAUGAAAUAGCAUGGAGCUUAAUUAUUCAGCAGUAUCAACAUGCUUUUCCUGAACAGGAACACCAAGCUGAAAGACUGUGCAAUGUGUACAGGUUAUCGGUGUGCAAGCAAAUCAUUGACAAAGUUUAUAUUGGCUAAAUAUCUUGUGAAGUAGAACUCAAAAAAUAAAAAUCUGCAAAAAGGAACAGUUGCAGAUUACACAAAUCAAUGUCUAGUUCUCAUAUUUUUGUGAUUCUAAACCAUGGAGUGCUCACCAGUUAUCUGUGAGUGCAAAUUUACUUGACAGCUUAAAUCAGUUAAUGGACAAUGAUUUUGGUGGCCCCAGCACAAAACGAGAACAGAACAUGACCCUGAAGACACCACAUUGAAUAUGUAUUCAGUUGCCAUGAUGAGAGAGAUUGUUCAAGUUUCCGUUCAUUUCAGCCAGCUCUUUGUUGGAUUCAACUCUCUGGGCAACACUUGUUGUUUAAUGACCGACCUCUUGAAAGUGACCCAUAGGCAAUCAACGGGAAACCGCAAAAGCUUUCUCCGAUCGCCCAAAGGUGAUGUGGCGUGGAUAACAACAUGCACUCUUUCCUUGAAGGCCAGCAGAUUUAGACAUUAGUUGUGCAGUUUCACGGAUACCAGAAUCGUGAUUCACGGAACUACUCGUCGUCUUUUUCUUUGAUGCGCGAUCCACAAACAAGAACGUGUAAUUCGUAGUCAUAUAGAAGAAUUAGUUGCAACUUUGAGGUUUCUAUGUCAGAACAAAAUAUGCUGGCCAUAUGAGUGAGAAAACUCGGGUCAAAAUUGCAGGAAGAUGUGACAGCCCUCCAAUAUCGACAUGAACUGAGUUCAGAUGUUUUCCUUUACAUCGGACAACAAAUUUUUCAGGAUUGUCAACAUCUUCCUCCGUGUCUUCAGAACCACAAAAAGGUAACGCUUGAUAUGUUAGCUGCUGCUGCUACUUCAAGCUGCAGCCGUGGCCUUUCUUCCUGCAAUUUUGACCGAAAUCACAGCUUCGUUAGUUGAUUUCGACAUCAGAAACAGGAAACACGGAAAAUUGUUUCUUGCAAUGGUAUCGUGAUUCUAGUCUUUCUAUUGUAAAUGUUACAUUGUUUGUUGCUGUUGACUACUGCGCAAGUUCCACGAUGAAGGCGGGACGACCUCAACCAAAGAGAAAAGAGACAACAGUUAUGCCCAGCUGUGGAGAUAGAUGACAUGCUGUGCACUGCAAACGUUGUAAACAUUCGUCUUCGGGAUGACCACCUGACGCCUUCUCGCUGUUUUCAUUGAAACAGUUGAGCCAAGUAUUAGCUUUUGUCUCAAUUUUAUGACCUUCAGCUCCAAGAUGAACAACGGGAUCGGCUCCACCAUCAUCUUUGCCAUUCGCCUGGUAUUUCUUUUGCCGCUUUUACAUCAAAGUGGUGUCAGCAAAAUGACUGGCGUCCAAGCCAAUCCGGAUGCGAAGCGGCUCUACGACGACUUAUUGAGUCAUUACAAUCGACUCAUUCGGCCCGUGAGCAACAAUUCGCAGGUCGUCACAGUCAGACUCGGUCUGCAUCUCACGCAGCUCAUCGAUUUGGAUUUAAAGAACCAAAUUCUUACCACCAACGUCUGGGUCGAACAUGAAUGGAUAGACGCAAAGUUGACUUGGGACCCGGAAGAGUACGGAGGCGUUCGUGAGCUUAUGGUUCCGUCAGAGCACAUCUGGUUGCCGGAUAUCGUUCUUUAUAACAACGCUGACGGUGAGUAUGCGGUAACAACCAUGACGAAAGCUAUUCUGCACAGCGACGGCCACGUCAAAUGGAAUCCCCCAGCAAUAUUCAAGUCUUACUGCGAGAUUGACGUCCGCUACUUCCCUUUCGAUACGCAGACAUGCUUCAUGAAAUUCGGUUCGUGGACCUACAGUGGUCUUCAAAUGGAUCUCAAGCAUCUCCACUCUCCCGACGAAAAUUUAGUCGAAAUCGGCAUGAACUUGAAGGAUUACUAUCCCAGUGGCGAGUGGGACAUUCUUGACGUUCCGGCUGAACGUCACGCCAAAAAGUACGACUGUUGUCCCGAGUUUUUUGCCGACAUCUUUUUCAACAUCACGUUGAGGAGGAAGACGCUGUUUUAUACCGUCAACUUGAUCAUCCCGUGCGUCGGCAUCUCGUGCCUCUCGGUGCUCGUUUUCUACCUGCCGGCCGACUCUGGCGAGAAAGUGGCCCUCUGUAUCACCACUUUACUGUCGCAAACCAUGUUUUUCCUUCUCAUGUCGGAAAUCAUCCCAUCAACGUCACUCGCCAUGCCCCUACUCGGCAAAUAUCUUCUUUUCACCAUGUGUUUGGUCGGACUGUCGGUUCUCAUCACGAUCGUCAUCUUGAACGUGCGCUACCGUAAACCGUCGACUCACAAGAUUUCGCCGUGGGUUAGACGUUUUUUUAUCCAAAAACUGCCCAAAAUGCUUUUGAUGCGCAUACCAAAACAGACGGAAGAUUCAGCCUCGUCUCCAAAUACGCCGACCGUCGAGGCAGCAGCAGGAAUUUCAUCAAGUUUAAUGUUGCAAGACAACAAUGCGGGUCGUCCACCAACUGCACCAGUCCGAAUGACGUCAUCGUCGCCAGCCAUUCGACGCUGGUCGCGAUCUGCAUCUCCAUUUCAUUUCGGUUCGCAGUUGCUCUGCGAAAUUAUCAACUACAAUUCGGUUCAACAGCAGCAGCAAGAUCGUUAUUACCAACAGCAGCAGCAGCAACAACAACAACAAUAUCCGCUAUGCGCAUCUCGACUUCCUCCUCCGCCACAGACGCCAUCAUCUCCCAUUUCCAUCAUAACGACCAUGCCUUUAUAUCCACCGCCUCCGCCACCCCUUUCAUUCCUACCGACGCAACUUCCACCCCCUCCUCCUCCUUCACUGACGUAUCCACAUAUUACCUCACGGCGUUCCAGUACCAGCGAUGAGGAUGAUAGCAGUCUACGGUCCUGCUGCCAGGCUACUGCUCCUACCAGCAGUGGAGCGUUCGCCAUGGCAACGAGCCGUGAUUGCGCUGCACGCACCGUGAUGACUUGCCCCCAUGAUGAUGAUGGUAGUGGCCGUAACAGCUUACAAAUGAGACGACGUCGUCAAGAAUUUCAUCGACCUACUCAGCGCAUUCCCAAACGUUUUCCGCUGGAAUUGCAAAAAGCCAUCCGAGAUGUCCAGUUUAUACAGAAUCAUAUGAAACGCGAGGACGAAUACGAUGAGGAGGAUAACGAUUGGGGUUUCAUCGCCAUGGUCUUGGAUCGCUUCUUCUUAUGGGUCUUCACCGUGGCGUCAUUGUGCGGAACCAUUUCCAUCCUGUUUACGGCGCCGGCUCUCUACGACAAUUCCAGUCCCAUCAAUCUCAAAUACCUUGACCGAUUGGGCUUUUACUGAACGUUCAAUCCCUCGACCUGUCAGUCUUAAUCAACAGAGCUAGAGGCCGAUUCUAUACAAUCAUUACCGGAGCUACUGUAACAAGAAUAGCAACAUCUUGCUCUUGUUUUCUCAACGUAUUUCAUGUAUUAAUGUUGACAAGAGACAUGUAUCAUUAGCGUGUGCUAUAGACAUGUGGGUCCUAUAUCUCCCAGACGCCUGCAUUAUUUGUCGUACUAUAUUUCUGAACAUGCUAUCAGACUUUAACAUACAUUCUUUACAUAAAAUUAGGCAUGAAAACUUAUGUGCAGCGGAGGUUAUUCAAUGUCUCAGAUUUGGGUUUCUUGGUAGGCGUUUUUCACCCGCCAGUCCAAAAUGCUUAACGUCAUGAUCUUAAAUGUUAAUUUCUCUAAAUAAUCGCGAUACAUCACUUAUUUAACCUACGUUUUUUUGUUGCCCAUCAGCUGCAACCAUGAGAAUGGAUCAUUGUUUCCCUUUGAAUGUGUGUAACAAAUGUUAAGGCUGUGAGUCAUCGUCGACACAACGAAAACACAAUAAAUUAACCUUGG